GCUUUUAAGCCUUUAAAGUUUUAAACCUGCUGGUCAUUCGAGUUGAUCGAGCUAAUCGAGUUUGCGUCAUGUAAACGUCCGCUUCUCAGAUCUUAUUUCUCAAGCCGCUUCUGCCAAUCUACUACGCUAGACUCCGCCUCGCCGCGGACCCGAGAUCUGGGGGGAAAAAAACAGCUCCUGCCUCUUGUCGCCACUCCCGCACAUCGCUGUCAAACCCUCACGUUCAAGACUGUUCAAGAUACUACAGCGUCCUUCGUACGGGGGUCGGGGCGACAGAGGCAACAUAUUUCUUUGUUCCUUCACCCACUCAUGACACACACGUCGCACCUUUGCCAGUCGGACCUAUUCAAGAAACGCUCUGAGCUCCUCAGCCGCGAUGCUCGAGUUGUUCUCUCAUACGAGAGAGCCAGGGCUAUUGGCUUAGCACACGGCGUCAUUCUUCAUGACAUCUUGGAUUUGACUCAAAAAUUCUGGGACUUGCACACUGACCCGAUCAUGACCCUAGAUGGGGCUGCGUCCACGUUACUGACGAUCCAGUACAAUUUGGUCGCAGGAACGCUUGCGCAAUAUGCUGCAACUACGAGACCUGAGUGGGUUCCCCUCGUCGAGGACAUUCUUCAAUGGAAUGUCAUUGGCCAAUUCUGCCUUACUGAGUUGGGAAGAGGCCUGGACAUCUUCCGGAUGAAGACAUCAGCGACACUUCUUCCAUCAGGCGAAUUCGAUCUUCAUACGCCCUCGCCCUUGGAUGCUAAAUUCAUGCCGCCAACUAUUCCAGUGAAAGGUCUUCCAUGUAUUGCCAUUGUUUUUGCACAACUGUUCGUGAACGGUGAAUGUCGUGGACCUCGACCGUUCCUAGUCAAUAUAAACGACGGAUAUCAUAUGUGCAACGGAGUGACUUCGAAGUUACUACCACCUCGGGGAGGCUCGACUCCCGUCAAUCAUGCACUCACCAGCUUCCAUCACGUCCGCUUACCUCGUUCAGCGCUCCUCGGGGACAUAAAGAAGUCCAACAGGAUACAUCGUGAUUUCAUGUCCUCCAUAUGGCGUGUCACGGUCGGAUCCCUAGCGCUUGGCUCAGUCGCAAUUCCGGAUCUCCAGAUGUCAUUGUACAUCGCCGCGCGUUACUUUCAGCGUCGCCAUGUGACCGGUGUUCAUGGCAAGCCCGUGCCCAUACUUUCGUACCGGACACAACAGCUCCCUUUACUACAUGCUAUCUCUCAAGCAUAUGUACUAAAAGCGCUUUACAAAUGGGCCAUCAGGCAGUUCGUGGACAAGAGCCUCGAUGUCGGUGUGCGACAUGGCGUUGCAGCUUGCUGUAAAGCAGUUAUGGUUCAACACGCGCAAGCUUCCAAUUUUGCUCUGUCUGAGAGACUCGGAGCUCAAGGCCUCUUCGAAUAUAAUCGGCUGUCCAAUCUUUAUAGCGAGAUGAGGGGGGUCAGUAUUGCUGAAGGUGAUAUUUUAGGGCUCUCCAUGCGACUUGUGGCAGAUUCCUUGGCGCACACGUACACAUUACAUCCCUCGACACAUCCGGAAGGCCCCCUUGCCCUGCACGAAGUCUCGUUAUUCGAGGAGGCAACUGAAACAGUCUCCUCCUCAUCCGACUUUACACAAGCGUUCAUGCAAUACGUGCAACCGCGUUGUCAACUGAUGGUCGAGUCCAUGGGACAUCGCAUGGCUUACGAUGCCGCUAAAGACCAGGGCGUCUCGCAAUCUCUCAUCGAUCUGUAUCUCAUCAAUGCAAUCAAGAUGGAUGCCGCGUGGUAUGUAGAAUGUGGCAUGUUCACGCGGCAGAACAUCGUGCAUAUGGAGGAUACUGCUUUGUCGGCAGCUUUGCCUCAUCUGGAUGAGUUACUCACUGCGAUGGAGGUCGAGCCGUACGUCUCGUCACCCAUCAUAUCGGAUGAGCGCUGGGAGGAAUUUAGUAAGACGUUGCCUGUUUAUAGCUCCCCUCUGAAGCAGGCUGAGGUGCCAGCGCAACAGAAGCCUUUUGUUUUAGAGCGAGCUCGACUUUGAAGCGAGCUCCAAGUCGUUAUGUUGCUCUGGCCUUGCAUACAAUACUCAUGGUAGAUCUUUGGUGACAGUUGGAUUUCUUGCUCAUACUUAAUUUUAAUAAUAAUAGUCCG